GAAAUGGAAGAUGAAUGCUUAUGCAGCCCUCUUAACUGGGAAUUCUACCACCACCAAGAGGGAUUAGAGGAGCUGAAGCACGCUAUUUUGCAGACAACCUUGGAGCUAGAGGAAGCGAUUGUGUCUGCAAAAGAGGAGAUUACAAGAAGAGAAUGUGAGUUGAUGGAAGUGAAUGAUGCUCUAAGCAAAGCCAUUAAAGAGAGAGAUGAAUCCUUAGCACAAUGCCGGAAGCUAGAGCAGAAAAUCUUCAGAUCCAAUACAGAGGCUUCAUUAUCAUCAUCAAUAAUAUCAUCCGGUUUUUAUGAGUGUGAAGAUGAUGAUGAGAAGAAGAAGAAGAAGAGGAAGAAGGCAUUGCCAGAGAAAGGGAAGCUUCUCAAGGCAGUGAUAGCAGCUGGGCCUCUUCUUCAGACUCUGCUUAUGGCUGGAGGACCCCUACCUCAGUGGCAGCAUCCUCCUCCUCUGCUUCACUCCAUUGAUAUUCCACCCCAUCCCUUCUUCUUCUUCUUCUUGUUCUCUUACUUCUUAUUCCUCCUGCCUUCAAAAUAA